AUGUCAAUUGGAAUUAUUUUGAGCAAAGCAGCUGGACUGCCCUGUCCUCCGAUGGUCCCCUCUCACCCGCCUCCGUCAACAGCUGCCAGUGUAAAGCCCUCAGAUGUGGCGGUGCUUUCUUCCAUUGGACUUACCAUGCACAGCACCGACCUGUCCAAAGUCACAUCAAAACUCAGAGAGCUGAUGACCAUGUUCAACCCUGACCUGAUCUCUAAUCUUGCUGAUGAAACAAAUUUGUUCAUCCCUCAGUUUCUCCAGCACAGCACACUGGUGGAGCAGGCAGAAGAAGUGUCUCUGUACCUAAACAACAUCCAGGAUAUUGAUGUAAAUCGAGACUGGAAGCUGGUGCUUCUCUUUGUUCAGGUGGACCAGCUGUGGGCCUGUGAGCAGCAGCAGGUCUCAGCUGUUAUCAGAUCAGUCGUUGAAGAGGUGGAUGAUGCUCUGCAGCUGCUGCACACUCAGCUGAAACGGACCAUCGUCAGUGUUGCAUUAUGGGAUGGAGAGCAUGACACUAUGCAGAGCAAAAUGUGUCCUGGUGUGGAGAUAGAGAGUGAAGGAGAACUCAGGCUUAUGAGGGCCAUGCUGACUCAAGCUCUGCAGGAAUCCUUGGAUGAGCUUAUGGUACAGAAGCGGUGGUACAGUGACAGAGACGACUUUGCUGUCACUCUGCAGGACAGCCCUUACAUCAAACACCCAUCAUCUGUUACCCUGCAGCCCACACUUGACCACCAUAAAACAGAAGACAAUGAAAAUAUCAUCACAUUGCCAUGUCCAACUGAGGACCGACCCUUCCUGAGGACGGAGGGAAACUCUCCUUCAUAUCACCACAGCAGCGAUGCCUCUCCUUUCCUUCAGACAGAUACAGGGACUGAGAUGCCUUGUGAAGAUUUCAGCCCCUCAGCCUCCAUACCCACUUCAGUCCAUGAACUCAGGCCUGGGGACAUCAAAGUUGUGGCUGCUGUGGGAGAUUCUUUGACGGCAGGGAAUGGGAUUGCAUCCAGCCAGAAUAAUAUACUGGAUGUCCUGCGUCAGUACAGAGGUUUAUCUUGGAGUAUUGGUGGAGAAGAAAACCUAACAACUGUCACCACUCUGCCCAACAUCUUGAAAUAUUUCAACCCCGACCUGACUGGGUAUUCUCUUGGUACGGGCAGUCCACACACGCCUCAAGCUUUCCUCAACCAAGCUGUGGCAGGAUCAAAAAGCAGAGAAGUACCAUCUCAGUUGAAAGCCUUGGUGGCAAGGAUGAAGAAUGAUUCUAGGAUCAACUUUGAAUUAGAUUGGAAGGUGAUCACCAUUUUUAUUGGUGGAAAUGACAUCUGUGACCACUGCUACAAUUCUCUGCUCUACUCUGUAGAAAAUUAUGUUCGGAAUGUUCGUGAAAGCCUGGAUUAUCUUCAAAAAGAGGUGCCUCGGGCUCUCGUGAACUUAGUAGAGCCUCUCCAUAUAUUACCACUAAGAGAAAUGCACAUGGACUCAUCACUUAAAUGCCCAACAUGGCUGGUAGAUUAUAUGUGUCCUUGUGUUAUCUUCCCGAAACCCAACUCUAAUGCUCUUCAAAUGUUGGAGAAGUUCAACAGAGACUAUCAGCGUGUACUGCGUGAGCUUGUGGAGACAGGCCAGUAUGACACUCGCUCAGACUUCACUGUGGUCAUCCAGCCUUUCUUCAGAGAAGUCUAUGUCCCUCACCUGCCGGAUGGCCGUCCUGAUCGCUCCUUCUUUAGUGCUGACUGCUUCCAUCUCAGUCAGAAGGCCCAGACCCUGAUGGCUCGCGCUCUCUGGAACAACAUGCUGGAACCUUUGGGCAAUAAGACUUACGAACAAGAUUUUGCUGUAUCUGCUCAACUGAAAUGCCCGACCAAGACUUCACCUUAUUUUCGGACCUAUAACAACAGCAAUUACGAAUAUUCUGGUCCCUCCCCCACACCUCCACCGAUUACAAACUGGGGAAGUGAUUUCUCCUGUGUGGACCUUGCUCCAUCUGAUGCUGUACCAACUUCAGUUCACAAGCUGAGACCAGCGGACAUUAAGGUGGUGGCAGCAUUAGGAGACUCUACAACAGCAGGCACUGGUGCUAAAGCAAAGAACAUAUUUGAACUCAGUAGAGAUUAUAAAGGAGUAUCAUGGAGCAUUGGAGGGGAUAGUUUGCUAGAGAAGGUCACAACGCUACCAAACAUCCUAAAGAAGUUCAACCCCUCUCUAAAGGGGUUCUCCACAAGUCUGGGAUUCGGGCAGAAGGGCUUCAACAUGGCUGCAAGUGGAGCUCAGACCUCAGCAAUUCCAGCACAAGCUGAAGCACUCAUCAAGGCCAUGAGAGAAAACACGGAGGUGGAUUUUGAAAAAGACUGGAAGCUUGUGACAAUAUUCAUAGGGGGAAAUGAUCUCUGCAAUUACUGCUUAGACCAAAGUCACCUGUCACCCAAGAACUACAGCCACCAUCUUAUGCUCACCUUGGACAUGCUUUACAAAGAGGUACCAAGGUUGUUGGUUAAUGUUGUGGAUAUUUUGCAAAUAGAUCCGUUAAGAACAGUUAAGAGGAACACACUGGGCUGUUCACUACUGCAGAGGACCAGCUGUCCCUGUGUUAUCAACCCAUUUGAUAACUCCCCAGAACUGGAGAACAUGAAACUAAUCAAUCACAAGUACCAGACUGAACUGCAAUAUCUUCUUUCUGGAGAUCGCUAUGAAGGAAAAGAAGACUUUGCUGUUGUGCUUCAGCCAUUUUUACAAAAUUCCUUUAUCCCUCUAAUCGGAGAAGGUGAGGCUGACGCAAGUUUCUUCUCCAUCGACUGUUUCCACAUCAGCGAGCGGGCUCAUGCUGAGAUGGCCAUCGCCCUGUGGAACAACAUGUUGGAGCCUGUUGGCAGAAAGCAGGCCUACAACAACUUCACAUAUGACCGCUCCAAGAUUCACUGUCCCUCUAAGACCAGUCCCUUCAUCUUCACUACGAUGAACAGUCUACUACCGAACGACAUCCCUACUACCACCAACCCUGCUACUGCUACCACAACUCCAGUUACUACUACUACUACCAUCAGUGACAGUUCUACAUCAACAACCCUUGUGCCCCAGUGUCCGUCCUCCAUAUCUGUGUGGGUGCCAGUGGUUGUGGGAAUUGCGAGUUUAGUGGUUGGCAUCGUUGUUGCCUGGCUUAUUAUGCCCUUCACUCGACGCCAGACAAUCAAAGAGAAGAAAGAAGGAACUGGUUUUGUUAUCAGCAACAUGAGACGGCUCUAACACAGCAUCCUAACACAGCAUUAAGCAUGUCAUUACAGUCCUGGCUACCUGGUUCACUAUUUCCUGACAAAAUCAUCAGGGAGGAAGGAAACUUUGUUUCUCUUGAAGUCUGACUUUCUUCAGCAGCUGUUUUGUACUGCACAGAAAUUUUACAUUUCUUUUUGCUAAUUUUAUUUAUUGAU